AAACGUUCUCAUAAAUCGUGUGUGCUGAAAACGGCGGUGGAAAAUGAACUUCAAGAACAAAGAAUCACUGGUAGAAUUUCUGGGCUUUCUAUUUUUUGUUGCACAGUGUCUUUGCAUGGUGGAAAGCGAGAUCCAUUUCUAUGACUUUGUUCUUAGAGAGAAAAACUUCACGAAGAUGUGCAGCACAGAGAGCAUGCUAGUUGCAAAUGGGAGUUUGCCAGGGCCAGUUAUACAGGUGCACAAAGGGGACACUGUGUAUGUCAAUGUUCACAACGAAGGAUAUUAUGGGGUGACAGUUCACUGGCAUGGUGUAAUGCAACCAAGAAAUUCAUGGUCUGAUGGCCCAGAAUACAUUACACAGUGUCCUAUUGAACCAGGAUCAAACUUCACCUAUGAAAUCAUAUUUUCUAAUGAAGAAGGAACUUUAUGGUGGCAUGCUCAUAGUGAUUGGACACGAGCUAGCGUUCACGGUGCCAUUAUUAUCUUGCCUGCUAGUGGAUCUACUUAUCCAUUUCCCAAACCAGAUGAAGAAGAGAUCAUUGUGCUUGGAUCAUUAUACAGUGGAAAUUUAUAUGCCAUUCUAGAUGCAGACAUUCGAACUGGUGAUGACUUGCCACAUUCAAUUGCUUACACCAUAAACGGCGAACCUGGAGAUUUGUGUGAUUGCUCCAAAGAAACAACAUACCGUUGGAUGGUUGAUCAAGGCAAGACUUAUCUUCUUCGUGUAGUCAACGCAGUUGUGGCUGCCGAUAUCUUCUUUGCAAUUUCUCAACACAACCUCACAGUUGUUGGAAUGGAUGGGCAUUAUACCAAACCCAUAAUGACUAGUUACAUCACCAUAAGCCCUGGACAAACAAUGGAUCUCCUACUCACAGCAGACCAAAGUCUUGGCCAAUAUUAUAUGGCUGCUCGACAAUUUUGGAGCCAAAGUAUCAAAGUUUCAGAUUUCAACCAGUUCAACACCACCGCAAUCCUCCAAUAUAGAGGCAACUAUACUAUCCCAUCAUCUCCUUCGUUUCCAAAAACGCUUCCUCUUUACAAGGACGUACAAUCUGCCUCAAAAUUCACAAGCCGUUUGAGAAGCUUAGCAAGCAAGGAGCACCCAAUAAAUGUACCCCUAAAUAUAACUACCAAAAUGUUUAUAACACUUUCCAUGAACGACCUUGAAUGUCGAAACACCACAUGCACAGCGACAGGCGGUGGGAAUAUUUUAGCUGCUGGUGUGAAUAACAUAAGUUGGUCCAACCCUGGCAUUGAUAUAUUGCUUGCUUAUUACAGGAACAUUAGUGGGGUUUACACUACAGAUUUCCCAGACAACCCCCCUUCUUUUUUUAACUUUACAGGUGAAGAUCUUCCAACUGGUAUUGCAGUAACAGAGUUAGGCACCAAGGUGAAGGUAUUGAAUUAUAAUGAAGCAGUUGAGGUAGUUUUUCAAGAUACUAAUUUGGAGGCAGGGGCAGGGAUUCAUCCAAUGCAUUUGCAUGGGUAUAGCUUCUAUGUGGUUGGAAUAGGGCUUGGGAAUUUUGACAAUGAAACUGACCCAAAAGGGUUUAAUUUGGUUGACCCACCCGAAGUGAAUACCUUUCAAGUUCCUAAGAAUGGAUGGCUUGCGCUCAGAUUUAUAGCAAACAAUCCUGGUGUGUGGUUUUGGCACUGUCAUUUGGAUAGACAUAUGACCUGGGGUAUGGCUGGUGUUUUUAUAGUAAAGAAUGGGGACACUGUAGAGACAAGUAUCCGCCGACCUCCUGCUUACUUACCUUCUUGUAGAGUUCCAACAGGGCCUAGGCUCCAAAUGAGCGAUGGGUUUGAUGGAAAAGCAAACGAAUCAAGUUUUAUCUAAUUGCAUUAAUAAAAUUAUGUAAUAAAUUUGAUAAAUGUAGCGUGCAUUUGGAUUGGGCAUUUGUAAAAUAAAUGCUGCGUUUGGGGUUUUGGACCAGCGUGCUAUGCACCCUUCAUAGACCAGCCAGACAAGGAAAAAUGCAGCAAGUGUUAUAAAUAA